AAGAUAGACGGCGCUAGGGUAUGGUAUACAAAACAAAGAUUCGAUGGGUCGAGUGACUAGAUAAGGCCACACACAGUUUCGAUAUCCAAGGCAAAGGAGAACGAUGGCCGCUUCGCUCGACGAGAUCGUGCACAACAGCCGCGCCGUGACGGACGGCCUCAAGAAGAUGUACAUCUCCAAGAUCAAGCCGCUCGAGAAGAAGUACCUCUUCGACGAGUUCCACUCGCCGCUGCUCAGCGAAGCCGACUUUGACGCCAAGCCCACGGUGCUCAUGAUCGGCCAGUACUCGGUCGGCAAGACGUCCUUCAUCGAGUACCUUCUCGGGCAAAAGUUCCCUGGUGCACGCGUCGGCCCCGAGCCCACGACCGACCGCUUCAUGGCCGUCAUGUACGGCGACGAGGAGCGCAUCGUGCCAGGCAAUGCGCUCGCCGUCUCCCCGGAUCUCCCGUAUGGCGGCCUGAGCAUGUUUGGUACGUCGUUCCUCAACAAGUUUGAAGCGUCGCAAGUGCCGUGCAAGCAGCUCGAGCACAUGACCGUCAUCGACACACCGGGUAUUCUGUCGGGCGAGAAGCAGCGCAUUUCGCGCGGCUACGACUUCGUGCAGGUCGCCAAGUGGUUCGCCGAGCGUGCCGACAUGAUCCUCCUCCUCUUCGACGCGCACAAGCUCGACAUUUCGGACGAAUUCCAGCGCGUCAUUGAAGUCCUCAAGGGUCAUGACGACAAGAUCCGCUGCGUUCUCAACAAGUCGGACCAGAUCGACCAGCAGAAGCUCAUGCGGGUGUACGGUGCACUCAUGUGGUCCAUGGGCAAGGUCAUGAAGACACCGGAAGUCAUGCGUGUAUUUAUCGGGUCCUUCUGGGACCAGCCACUGCUCUUCAACGACAACGCCGCGCUUUUUGAGAAGGAGCGCAGCGACCUUAUGAGCGAGCUCCGGAAGCUGCCGCACAACGCUGCGAUCCGCAAGGUGAACGAGCUCGUGAAGCGAGUUCGUCUUGCCAAGGUCCACGCGUACCUCAUUGGGCACCUCCGCGACCAAAUGCCCAUGAUGAUCGGAAAGGACCGCAAGCAACAAGAGCUCAUUGCGACCUUGCCGCAGGUCUUCCGUGAGGUCCAGAAGAAGUACAACCUCCCGCCUGGUGAUUUCCCCAGCCUCGAGGACUUUCAGAAGAAGCUCGAGGAGCGGAAGUUUGACAGCUUCAGCAAGCUGCAGAUCAAGAUGAUCCAGGACGUCGAAGAGCUCAUGUCGCGCGACAUUCCCAAGCUCAUGAUGGCGCUGCCCAAAAAGGACGGCACGAACGUUCGUACCGACUCGAGCGACUCGAUUAACCCGUUCUUGUCCAAGACACUCGACUGGGUCGUCACGCCUUUCAAGGAAGAAUAUGACGCCAUCUUCCGCACGCUGAGCGUCAACUCGAUGGGCGAGGCCAGUGGUAUGGCGUGUAUGACGCCUCUGCUUGCCACGGGCUGCUCCCAGGAACUGCUCAAGGUCAUUUGGGAUCUCGCCGAUGUUGACAAGGACGGGUUCCUCGACAACGAGGAGUUCGCUCUUGCCAUGUUCCUCUGCCACCAAGUGAAGGACGCCAAGGACACGGGCUUUGAGCUCCCAAAGGAACUUUCGGAGAACAUGUACCCACCGAGCCACCUCGGCCGCAAGUAGUUAGCGUAGCAACCCGCUUCUCAUUCAUAUAUAUCUUGUCGCCAA